AUGGCCAAGAAUGAUGUUGUGAUUCAGAGCCAAGCGACAUCCUUGAGGAACCUAGAGAUUCAAUUGGGGCAGCUAGCUAAUGAGCUAAGGAAUAGACCACAAGGCCCUUUUCCUAGUGAUACCGAAAGCCCAAGGAAGGAUGGUAAGGAGCAUUGCAAGGCGUUUACCUUGAGGAGUGGUAAAAAUAUGGAAUUGACUGAGGAGAAUUGUAAGAGAAACAUCGAGCCCACUUCAAUCCAAAGUAGUGUGGACAAGGGAGACAAAGCUGUGAAUUCAAAAAUUUUAAAUGCUGAUCCUGAAGCAAUUGCUGUAGCAAUUCCUCAGCAAAAUGAUACAGAGAAGCCUAUGACUUUGGAGCAAAUGCGCAACUAUGUGAAGUUUUUGAAGGAUAUUUUAACUAAGAAGAGGAGGCUUGGUGAAUUUGAAACAGUGGCGUUGACUGAAGGUUGUAGUGCUAUAUUGAAGAAUAAAAUUCCUCCUAAAUUGAAGGAUUCGAGUAGCUUCACAAUUCCUUGUUCUAUUGGAGGCAGAGAUGUUGGUAGAGAACUUUGUAACUUGGGGGCUAGUAUCAAUUUGAUGCCCAUGUCAAUUUUCAAGAAGUUGGGGAUUGGAGAAGCAAGACCAACCACAGUCACUUUGCAAUUAGUCGAUCGUUCUAUGGCACACCAGGAAGGAAAAAAUGAAGAUGUACUUGUGCAAGUUGAUAAAUUCAUUUUUCCAACUGAUUUCAUCUUUCUUGAUUAUGAAGCGGAUAAAGAUGUUCCUAUUAUCUUGGGUAGGCCAUUUCUAGCUACCGGGAGGACGUUGAUUGAUGUAAAAAAAUGGGAGCUUACUAUGAGGGUGAAUGACCAACAAGUGACUUUCAAUGUGUUUAACGUUAUGAAAUUUCCGAAUGAGAUUGAGGAAUGUUCUAGGCUAAGUGUAAUUGAGUCUAUUGUCGCUGAAAAAUUCCACAAGGAAGCUUUUAAAGAUGGAGUGGGGGUGAGGUCACUUGAAGAGCUUGAGGACUUAAGUGAAGAGGAAGAAAGCCAAGUUACAUGGGUGGAGUCAAAGCAGCCCCUUGCUAAAUUUAGGAGGCCUUUUGAGUCAUUGAACUUGUCGGAAGGGAAUUUUAAGCCUCCUAAGCCUUCUAUUCAAGAGCCACCAAAAUUAGAGUUGAAGCCUUUGCCUAGUCACUUGAAGUAUGCUUAUUUGAGAGAUAAUAAGACUUUGCCUGUGAUUAUUUCAGCCAUGUUAGGAGCUAAAAAAGAGCAAGUGUUGUUGGUUGCUUUGAAGAAAUAUACAAGGGCAAAAACCAUUUAA